AUGAAAGAAAUAGUAUAUGAUAAAUGCUAUACAGUUGAUUGCAGCAAAGUGGAUGGUGGUAGUAACGAUCUGUUUGAUAAAUUACGUAACGAACUGAUCACAAAUGGCUAUGUGAAAGUAAAAUGUGAAAACAUACCCGAUGAAAAUUGUGAUAAAGCAUGUCUUGAUACAAUUAACAAGGUGGGAGGUGUUUGCUGUCCGUAUAAUGAUGAUCCAACAGCAUUCAUUUGGCCUGUCAAAGUACUCGAACUUGAUUCACCUAAAUCCAAAUUACAAGCAUCUCAAUUGGAUCGUGAACUAGUCUUUCAUACAGAUUGUUCAUAUGAACAUGAUGCUCCUCGUUUUGUUGCAUUGUAUUUUGUUCAAUGUGAUCGAACAGAAAACGGAGGUAAAUUUCAAAUGGUUCGUACUAAAGAGAUUGUCGAUCGAUUGUCACCUAAAACACAACGAUUAUUACGCGAGGAAACCUAUAAAAUUAAUGUUCCUCCAGAUUUUCGCAAGGGUGACAUUGAUCAUAUAUCUGGACAUAUUCUACUCGAAGGUGAUGAACAUAUUCGCUAUCGACGAGAUAUUGUUAACAAGGAACAAUUAAAAGAAGAAACUCCAGAGAAACAAAUGGCUAUUGCUGAGCUCAAUUCAAUUAUUUUGGCUGAAAAUCAAUUACCAGUGUUUCGACCUACACUCACAAAUAACAUGAUGGUCAUGUUUAACAAUGCACGUUUUGUCCAUGGUCGAACCAAAAUCGAAGAUAUUGAACGAAAUGUGUUGCGUGUUCGAUUUAAUUUAGAUGAUUGA